AUGGGAGCUCGAUGGCGCAAGUGGUUAGCGCGUUCGGCUGCGAUCGUUGAAGUUAAGCAACUUUCGCAGUGGUCGGUCAUUGAAUACCCAUUCACCCGACCAAAAAUUUACUAUCUCGAAUUCCUCCGUGCUUCGGAAGGCACGUUAAGCCAUUAUUCCCGGCUGCAUCUGCAGUCGUUAGCACCCACCAAUCCGCACUGGGCCCGCGUGUAAACAAUACAUGUACACCAAUUACAAUACACAACAAUGGUAAACAAUUGAGGAGCUCGAUGGCGCUGGUGGAAGAAGAACAGGAAAAACGCGCUAGACGUCUAAGCGAAAUGCAAAGGUUGGCGCGGCAAGCCAUCGAGGAAGCGAUACAAGCCAAAAGGAUUGAGAAGGAACAAAGGAAAAUGCAAUUACUGAAAUCUGGCAAUUUAGCAGCUUUGGAUGAGAUUACAGAUGAAGACGAAGCAGUGGACAUCGUUGUUCCGACAGAACUUCCGGAAGAACACACCGAAGAAGAGAAAAGCGAAGAGGAAGACGAGAACGAGUACUUUCCACCACCAGGACUUUUGAUACCAGGCUUUUAUGCGCCACCAAAUGACAUAGCUAAAGUCAACGGUUUAGCAAUAUUAUUCCCUAAGUUGGUGUUGGAAUGCGUGACCCCUCAAGAGGAGUUCCUGCCCCCUCACGUUUUAGUGUUGCUUGGUAUACACCAGCGGUACAUGGCGAUCGACAUCCUACGGAAAUAUAAAUCUUCCAUAAUUCAUAUGGGUAUAUUCAGAGCACCGACACCUUACAAAGCAGUUCAUAUUGCAUAUAGUGUACGGCAAUAUGAUCACUUAAACGUACCCGACGAGGAAGAAGUCAGGCUGGCCUUCAUGCUAUCCGUGAAGGUGGACCUCCCCCUGCUCGAGCUCAUGGACUUGAGGCCGGAGCACGUGAGCCGCGACUCGUCGCACGGCAAGGACGAGUGCGCCGCCAUGUUCCCCGUAGACUACUCAGACGCUUACCCUGAGUUCGAAGACUUCGGCGAUAUGACUGUGCUGAGACCGAAAGAAUGA